UCGAAUUUCUGGCCAUGGGUGUAUAUAUAUAUAACCAUCUGCCCUCAGCCUCCAGUGGUACAUUACGUCUCCUGCUCCUCCUCUCGACUCGAACUCGCUUCGAACUCUCAAAGUCUUUCAACAUGAAGGUUAUGCUCCUGAUCGCCCUAGGCCUAGUGGCUGUGGCCAUGGCCCGCCCAGACGAAAUCCUGGACUUCGAGGGCGAUGACGCCGAGCACGAACAGGAAGGAACCCCUGGCAAAGCAGUUACCGGAGAAUACACGUGGGAGAGUCCUGAAGGAAUCGAGUUCGUGGUCAAGUACAUCGCUGACGACAAGGGCUACAGAGUCCUCGAGUCCAACGCCGUGCCCUCAGCAGGAGGAGUCCGCGCCGACGGGGAACAGGCCGAUCUCGAAGGAGACGAAGACGACGAAGAGGAAGAUGACGAUAAAUAGAUAAUAAGGACAUCGAAGGAUAAUUGAGGGAUUCCAUAGAGAACUAGUUAAUUCUCCCAUUUACCCUAUUUUGCUUUUCUCAUUUGGAUUCCUUAUGAUAUUAUUUAUUUAUUCAAAUUUAGCACCUGAAUUAUUAUUUUUAGUAACUUCGUUAAUUAUCGAGGUUCAUAACGCUCUCUAUGGCCACUCUAAGUCAUUGUAAAUAAACUAUAUAUGAUUCUA